GGAGACUCUGUCCACGUGUGAAUCUAUCCAGUUCUCCACCGUUUUGAACAGAAAUGGCUUCAGAUCUUUAAACUGCUUUGUGGCGUUUUUUAAAAAAAUUGUUGAGUUUGUUGUGCAGGGUAUAUUGAGAUACCCUUGUUGCUUUGUCUCUAAAACAGGUGACCAAAACUGGAAUCAGAUGCAGCAGACUCUUUUCUGCAGGAACACACAUCUGCAAGGAUGGUGAGACUCCUGGCACUGAUCCUUUUGCUAUCACUUGAAGAGUGCAAAAGAGUGACCACAAAGUGCCCUCGAACCCAAUUCUUCACUGUUCCUCAUGACUGGUACCAGCCGGGGACACUUCUCAUUGGUGGGAUGGCAUCUCAGGAUGCUGACCAAAUUCUACCAGAAUGUGUUGGCUUUGGCAUUUGCUGUAAAUACAAUCAACAAAUCUCCAACAAUUUUACCAAAUAUCACACUGGGCUUCCACAUCUACGACACCUACUAUGAUCAGAGGAUGACCUAUUACAAUCUUCUCAAUUUGCUCUUUAAAUUGCAUAGUUUCCUUCCUAAUUAUGAAUGUGGACCCCCUAAAAACCUGAUUGCUUUGGUUGGAGGACUUGGAUCAGACACCUCUUUCCACAUGGCAGAUAUUUUAGGACGCUACAAGAUUCCACAGCUCACAUAUGGAUCGUUUGCUCCUGAAGACAUUGUAAAAUCCAGGAAUCCUACUUUUUAUCGCAUGGUCCCAAAUGAUGAGAACCAGUACAUGGGAAUUAUCCAUCUGCUUCUACACUUUGGCUGGACAUGGGUGGGCCUUUUCACAGGAGAUGAUGACAGUGGGAAAUAUUUCUUGCAAAGCAUGGAAGCGUUGUUUUCCAAGUAUCGAAUCUGUUCAGCCUUCAUUCAGGUGUUCCCACGCCAAGGCCGUGUCUUGUCCAGUGACGAUAUGGGUACAUUUGGAAAUAUUCACGUAUCUGUUAUGGAUCAGCGGGCCAGAGUAUUCAUCCUCUAUGGAGAUACCAUGAAUCUUAUGUGGUUAAUUACCUAUAGCACUCUUCUAGUUUCUGACAACGCAUAUUUAGGGAAGGUGUGGAUCAUGACAGCCCAGAUGGAAUUUGCAGUAACGGGCGUGACAAGACGGAUGGAUUUUCAAAUGUUCCAAGGUGCCAUAUCCUUCGCCAUUCAUUCCAAGCAACCUCGGGAAUUUGAGAAGUAUCUUCAGAAGAAAAACCCAUACCAGCCUGAAGGUGAUGGUUUUGUCCAAUUGUUCUGGGAACAGGUUUUUGAAUGUUCAUUUCCAAAUGCUGGAGAAACAUUGGAGCCAGAUGAACUAUGUACUGGGAAGGAGAACCUGGAGAAGCCUCCUCGGUCUGUUUUUGAAGUGAAGAUGAGUGGCCACAGCUACAGUAUCUACAAUGCUGUCUAUGCAGUAGCCCAUGCUCUCCACGCAUUGCACUCAUCAAAGAGCAAACGCAGAGCAAGAAUGGGGGAGCAAAGACUCAAGUUUGAAGACAUGCAACCUUGGCAGUUACAUGCAUUUCUUCAAGCGAUGUCAUUUAACAAUUCAGCUGGAGAGAACCUGAAUUUCAAUGAAAGAAGAGAAAUUGUUGCUGGAUUUGAUAUAAUGCACAUGAUCUUAUUCCCAAACAACUCCUUUCGUAAAGUCAAAAUUGGACGGUUAGAACCAGUGGCUUUUGAAGAAGAACAAUUCUUUAUAGAUGAUGAAAUUAUUGAGUGGCCUAGGAUCUUUAACCAGGUAUGUCCUAUUUCUGUGUGCAGUGACUCAUGCCCACCAGGGUUUCAGAAACAAAAGAAGGAAGGAAAGAAAUUUUGUUGCUAUGACUGUUUUCCAUGUCCAGAAGGAAAGAUCUCCAACAAAACAGACAUGGACGAAUGUAUGCAGUGCCGAGAUGAUCAAUAUCGAAGCCUGAGCAACGACAGCUGCUUCCCCAAGAUCAUAACAUUUCUUUCCUAUGAAGAACCACUAGGCAUGAGUUUAGUCUCAAUAGUCCUUUGUUUUUCACUGGUCACAGUCUUCGUGUUUAUUACUUUUAUUAAGCACAGUGAUACUGCCAUAGUCAAAGCCAAUAACCGAGAACUCACUUACACUCUCCUUUCCUCCCUCCUCCUCUGCUUCCUCUGUUCUUUCUUCUUCCUUGGCCACCCCCAUAAAUUCACUUGCCUCAUUCGCCAUGUUGCUUUUGGUCUCAUCUUUACUGUGGCGGUAUCUUGUGUGUUGGCCAAAACCAUCACUGUGGUUCUUGCUUUCAUGGCCACCAAACCAGGAUCCAAUGUGAGGAGGUGGAUGGGAAAAAGGCUGGCCAACACCAUUGUCCUUUUCUGUUCUCUCAUUCAAGCUGGCAUUUGUACUGUAUGGCUUGCCACUGCUCCUCCAUAUCCCAAGUUGGACAUGAAAUCCCUGCCGAGCGAGAUAGUAGCAGAAUGCAAUGAAGGCUCUACCUUCAUGUUUUACUUUGUCUUGGGCUACAUGGGACUUCUGUCCAUCAUCAGCUUCAUCGUGGCUUUCCUGGCUAGAAAUCUGCCAGAUGCUUUCAAUGAAGCAAAGUUCAUCACUUUCAGCAUGAUCAUGUUUUGCAGUGUUUGGUUGACUUUUAUCCCAACUUAUUUGAGCACCAAAGGUAAAUACAUGGUAGCUGUGGAGAUCUUCUCCAUUUUGGCCUCAGGGGCUGCGUUGCUGGCUUGUAUCUUUUCUCCAAAAGUUUAUAUUAUCCUGCUGAGACCUGAGCUGAACAAUAAGGAGGGAUUGAUAAGGACAAAGAAUAAACCCAUGUAAUUGUAUCCCAUUACAUAAUGUGAUUGACAUCAAACAACUCAGUUUCACAACAAGUACCGUAUUUUUCAGAGUAUAAGACACACUUCCCCCCCACCCUAAAAGAGUUUGAAAAUUUGGGUGCAUCUUAUACAUCCAUGAAGCCAAAAAUGUGAGGCACAGAGGUGGUGAUGGUCUAUGGCAAUCCCUACAGCCAGGAACUGCUGAUUUUGGGGUAUUCCAGGAGGCCGAUCCACCCACCAAUCAGCUGCUCAUGCUGAAUCAGGCUGCAAUAAUGUGCUGAAGCUAACCUGGCUGUUUGCUAUUUCCUGCAAGGACAUGUCAGAGUUUGCAGCAGCAAUCACAUCCAGAAAGCACACACAAGUAACUGAUUCAUCAGGAUUCAAUAACUUCUCUUUAUAUAUAAUAUAACACAUGAAGUAAAUAUACAAUACCAGAAGCAGGUUUUCCAACGUGGUAGUAAAUACAAGCAAAACACAAGCAGAGGAGAGGAGUUUCAGUUUUAGUUUCAGAGCUCAGCACAUCAGGCAGCUUUAAUACAGAACAGCUGAGCUAAGCCAAGACCAGGCUCCUUGCUAUCUCCUUGUUGUUCACACAGCAAAUACUCUUUCAAUUUCCAAACAGCCCUCAAUUCUCUCACACACUGACAGGACACUAGCCAGAUGAAUACUGAUGGAUGAUGGUACGCAGAGGCAGAAUUUUUUUUUCUUAUUUUCCUCCCCAAAAACUAAGGUGCAUCUUAUAUUCCAGAGUGUCUUAUACUCAGAAAAAUAUUUUAUAUCUGCUAAUCUUUUGUUAGUUGACGUCACCCAACAAAUAUAUGAAAAAAUAAACAUAAUAAAGUACUUUUGUUUCAUUGUAAGUUUCAACAAAAAAACACUUUCUAAUGCAAGAUUCUUCAUAAAAUUAUUCAUUGGUAAAUCCUACUGAACCCAUAGCCUGGGAUAACACAAAGAAUUAAACUGUUGGAUAGGAACUCCAAAUUGCAUUUUCUUUACACUUGAACUAACCAGUGGGAUGUUUAUUUGAACCCUUAUUUAUUUGUACUGGUGAAAAGCAAAUUUGGAUAGAAAUUAUACUCACAUGUAAACAAAUUCAUUUGUUGAAAAGAUGGAUGAUUUUAAUGAUGUAUUGCUACUUAUUAGAAUUAAAGUAUUUGAUCUUUUGACCUUU